GGGUACUCAAAGACCCUCUUUAGGGACAUUGGUAGUCACUCUGUGCAAGUCGAUCCUCAACUCUCUAGUAGCCUCCCAGUUCCCACAAACCCUGUCCCAAAAUGGCUUCCUCAAGCACCCAAAAACCCUCUUCUUCUUCAGCUCCAACCGGAGAAUUCAACUUCGAUGUCUUCUUGAGUUUUAGAGGGAAAGAUACCCGGAACAAGUUUACGGAUCGUCUAUUCGAAAAAUUGAAUGGGAUGGGCAUUAACACUUUCAGAGAUGAUAAACUUCAAAGAGGAGAGGAGAUCGCACAAGAACUUUUGGGAUCUAUCGAAGGAUCAAGAUUUUCUAUAAUUGUUUUCUCAAAAAACUAUGCUGAUUCCAAAUGGUGUUUGGAUGAGCUGGCAAAGAUCAUGGAGUGCAGGAAAAAAAUGGAUCAAAUAGUCUUGCCAGUUUUCUACCAUGUGGAUCCUUCUGAUGUGCGGAAACAAAAAGGCAGUUUUGGAGAAGCAUUUGCGAAUCAUGAAAUAAAUGUAGACGAGGAGAAGGUGAAAAGGUGGAAGGCUGCCAUGACUGAAGCAGGCUCUCUAAGUGGUUGGCAUGUGAUCAAGGAUAAAGAGUACGAGUCAAAGCCUAUUGAGGAAAUUAUUAACCACAUCCUCAAAAGAUUGAAUCCUAAGUUUUUGCCUAUUAAGGAGCACAUGGUUGGAAUGGAUGUUCACUUGGAAGAACUAAAAUCAUUGUUAAAAAUGCAGUUGGAUGAUGUUCGCAUGGUUGGGAUCUAUGGAAUUGGUGGAAUUGGCAAAACUACUAUUGCCAAGAUGGUUUAUAAUGACAUCCUAUGUCAAUUCAAUGGUGCUAGCUUUCUUGAAGGUGUCAAAAAUAGAUCCAAAUGUUACAGUGAUCAACUUCAAUUACUGCAAGAACUUCUUCAUGGCAUUAUGGAGGGUGGACAUUUAAAAUUAGAAAGUAUUAAUGAUGGAAUGAAUAUGAUCAAGGGCAGACUUGGCUCAAAAAAGGUUCUUGUUGUUUUUGAUGAUGUCGAUGAUUUGGACGAAGUACAAAGAUUGGUUAGAAGCUAUGAAUGGUUUGGUCCAGGAAGUAGAAUCAUCAUAACGACCAGAGACAAACAUUUGCUAGAUGAGUAUGGGGUGGAUGCAUAUGAGGCUAAGGUGUUACAGGAUAAAGAAGCUAUUGAACUCUUUAGUUGGCAUGCCUUCAAAGUACAAAACAUACGUGAAGAUUAUGUAGAGAUGUCAAACUGUAUGAUAAAAUAUGCGCAAGGCCUUCCUUUAGCCCUUGAAGUUUUGGGCUCUUCUCUUUAUAACAAGACAAAAGAUGAAUGGAAAAGUGCAAUAAAGAAAUUGAAAGAUAAUCCUAACAGGAAAAUUAAUGAUGUGCUUAAAAUAAGCCUUGAUGGGCUUGAUGAUUCUCUAAGGGAGGUUUUCCUUGAUAUCGCAUGCUUUUUCGAGGGAAAAGCUAAAGAUUUUAUAUUGAGAAUAUUAGAUGAUUGUGCAGAAUAUGACAUAGGAGUUCUUCGUGAUAGAUGCCUAAUAACUAUUUCCUACAAGAGGGUACAAAUGCAUGACUUGAUACAACAAAUGGGUUGGGCAAUUGUUCGUGAAAAACAUCCUAAAGACCCAAGCAAAUGGAGCAGAUUGUGGAAUCCAGAUGAUAUUCAUAAAGCAUUAUCUGCACAAGAGGGAAUGGAACAAGUUGAAGCCAUAUCAUAUGACUUGUCUCGAUCAAAAGAAAUGCAGGUGAAUAAACAGGUUUUUGAAAGUAUGAAGAAACUAAGAUUUCUUGAACUCCAUUGUGGGGGUUAUCAUGGUUCUAUGACGAAGACAUAUAAAGUGUUCCUUCCCAAAGACUUCAAGUUUCCUUCUCAAGAGUUAAGAUAUCUUUAUUGGGAAGGAUACCCUUUGCAAACCUUGCCAUCAAAUUUUAAUGGGGAGAAUCUUGUUGAGCUCCACAUGAGAAAUAGCACCAUAAAACAACUUUGGAAAGGGCCUAAGGUUCUUGGAAAGUUAAAGAUCAUUGACUUAAGUGGCUCAAGAUUGCUCACCAAAAUGCCAGAAUUAUCAAGCAUGCCGAAUCUUGAGAAGCUUAACCUCACCUUUUGUGAAAGGUUGAAGAAAUUUCCUGGGAUCCGUAGAAAUAUGGGACGUUUGAAGAGUCUUCAUUUAAGAAGGAGUGGAAUUCAGGAAAUACCAAGCAGUAUUGAGUACUUGCCAGCUCUUGAAGUUCUUUUACUUGAUGGUUGCAGAAAUUUUGACAAAUUUCAGGAUAAUUUUGGGAAUUUGAGACAUCUAAGGUUCAUCCAUGCAAAGAAGGCUGAUAUUAAAGAACUUCCAGAGAUCCAUGUUAUGAAACGUUUAAAGCAUCUUAGUUUAAGUGGGACUGGCAUCAAGGAACUUCCAAACGCAUUUGGGUGCUUGGAGGCUCUCAAAUUUCUUGACCUAAGUUAUUCAAAUUUUGAGGAGUUUCCUGAGAUCCAAAAUAUGGGAAGUCUAAGGGAGCUUUUUCUAAACGAGACUGCUAUUAAAGAAUUACCAUGCUCAAUAGGUCAUCUCACCGAGCUUCGUCACUUAAACCUAGAAAAUUGCAAAAAUUUGAGGAGUCUUCCUAAUAGCAUUUGUGGGUUGAAAUCACUUGCAUUCCUCGAUCUCAAUGGCUGUUCAAAUCUGGUGGCUUUUCCAGAAAUCAAGGAGGAUAUGGAAUACUUAAAAGAACUUCUUUUAAGUAAAACGCCUAUAACAGAGCUGCCACCAUCAAUUGAACAUCUAAAAGGUCUUCAACAAUUGAAAUUGAAGAAUUGUGAGAAGCUUGUGACUCUUCCAAAUAGCAUUGGUAAUUUGACACAUCUUCAUAGUCUUUGUGUUCGUAACUGUUCGAAGCUCCACAAUUUGCCCGACAAUUUGAGAAGCUUGCAAUGUUGCUUAGAAACACUGGAUCUGGCCGGUUGCAAUCUGAUGGAAGGAGCAAUUCCUAGUGAUUUAUGGUGCCUAUCCUCACUGACAUUUUUAGAUGUGAGCGAAAGCCCUAUUCCUUGCAUACCUACUAACAUAAUCCAACUCUCUAACCUGAGAACGCUUAGGAUGAAUCACUGCCAGAUGCUUGAAGAAAUUCCAGAGCUUCCAUCAAGGCUAGAAUUCUUAGAAGCACGAGGUUGUCCACAUCUGGGAACUUUAUCAACUCCUUCGAGCCCACUCUGGUCUUCUCUCCUCAACCUCUUCAAAUCACGUACUCAGAGUUGUGAAUACGAAAUAGACUCAAACUCCUUAUGGUACUUCCAUGUACCUAAAGUUGUUAUUCCAGGAAGUGGUGGAAUACCAGGGUGGAUAAGUCAUCGGAGUAUGGGACGCCAAGCAAUAAUAGAGCUCCCAAAGAAUCGGUAUGAAGAUAACAAUUUCUUGGGAUUUGCUGUUUUCUUCCAUCAUGUUCCACUUGCUGAUUUUCGCUGGCAUAGCCGUUUUCUACAAUUUGAAUUGAGGAUAUCCCAUGAUGAUCAAUCUGAACGAGUAAUUAAAAUAAUGAGUUAUUUCCAGCUUCAAACAUGCCGGAGUUAUUUCUUUUUUAAGGGUACAUGCUACGACAAUGUUAGCACAUCGGAUCCACCAUUGUGCGUGACCUAUCUCCCUAAGUUUGCCAUUCCAAGUGAGCAUCGAUACGCUAAGCGUAGAAAACGUAUCGAUGUCAAUGAAGUGAAAAUUUGUGGGAUACAUCUUAUAUACUCCAAAAAUAAUCACCAACAGAAUCAGAGCCAUGGGCCUGAAGCCAUGAAGAUCCACAUCAGAAAAGAUCAAGACAUCUCCUGUGAUUUCCAAGCUUCUCCCUACGGGUUCUAUCUGACGACACGGAAAUAUGUUGUUCUUCAAGAAAUCCGCAAGGAGGGGCCUAGUGGAAGCGGGUGCUCUAAUACAGAUGGCUCAGAAUCAGAGAACUCUAUUUACUAUUCUGCUGACGAAGGGGACCCCACUGUUGACUGCUGACUGCUGAGGAGGAACCGGCCACACAAAUGCUUGAUACGCACCCAAAUCUUCUCAUAUCAACUCUUGACCCCUCUUAAACCAAGGGAUAUUCGUUGGCCACCCGGGAAUAGCUGGGAUUUUUUUAUUUGGAGGAAUGGGGGACGGCUUCCAGGUGAGUUGCAUGCUAGGACGUGUGGCAAGGACUACCAACUUGCAAUGGUGGUGGUUGAGGGUGGUGACAUCUUCGUUGAAGGGUGAGUAAUGGAGCUGGUAGAAGCUUAGAGGAGAAGGAAGAAAUAGAGCAAGAUGAGGGGGCUUGUGGGUCGGCGGAUUCUGGAAGAGAAGAUUUCAAGAGCAGAACAAAAGAAGAGAGCUAGAAGCUCGGAUGAUCAAGUUGGAAAUGAGCUUUUCCAAGUAUGAAUGUUAUGGAUUUUUUUACUUAUUCGGAUUCUUAUUGUUCUUCUAUAUUUCAUGUUGAUCUCUAAAUGUCAUUGACCUAUUUGGGUGUGGAUGACUAAGGCCACAUGCAUGUUUUGAUGAUCUUAGACUAUUUUGUGGUUUUGAUACUGUUUUAUUCUUCUUUCAUAUCCUUUGAUUUCAUGUGAAGCUUAUCCUAUAUAUUGCUCUGUUCUAGAUUUUAUUGAGAUUCUUCUUUUAGCAUU